AUGGGCCUUUCUGAUAUUAUAAUACAGCAGUUGAAGGACUUGGGAAUUCCAAUUAAAAAUAUGAGGGGCCAGGGAUAUGACAACGGAGCGAAUAUGAAACGCAAACGUUCUGGUGUACAACGAAGAAUUCGCAAUAUUAAUCCUCGCGCUUUCUUCGUUCCUUGUAGUACACAUUCUUUAAAUCUUGUUGUAAAUGAUGCAGUUCAGUUAUCAAAAGAGGCGAUUGAGUUUUUCGAUAUUAUUCAAAAAGUUUACGUUUUUUUUUCGGCAUCUACAUACCGUUGGCAAAUUCUUUUAAGACAUAUUACAAAUUUAACGGUAAAGCCAUUAAGUCAGACAAGAUGGGAAAGUAGAAUCGAAGCACUUAAACCUUUUCGUUAUCAAAUAGGAGAAAUAUAUGAUGCUUUAUUCGAAAUUGUGCAAGAUAAAAAUGUGGAUUCUAUGACUAGACAUGAAGCUGAAUGUCUUUGUAAGUAUAUUAAACAAUUUAAGUUCCUUUGUUCUAUCACUAUUUGUGCAGCUAUACAAAUAUUGGAAGCAUUAGUAUCAUAUUUGAAACAGCAAAGACUUGAUUGCGAUAAUUCAUUUGAUAAAUAUGUUUUUGAAGCUUCAAAAAUGGCAUCAGAAAUUGAUGCGGUGUCUGUAUUUGAGCAAUCGGUUGGAAGAAUCAAAGCACGUCGUGUUAAAAGACAAUUUGAUUACGAAAACGUGGAUGAACCUAUCAUUGAUCCAAAAAUUAAUUUUAAAAUUUGA